UUAAAUAAACGUAGUGUUUAGCCAAAAGCAAAACAAUUGAUAUAAUAAAAAUAAGAUGUAUUUAUAGGCAGAUCUAUAACCAAUAAAGCCAAUAAUUACAUUGAAAUGAUCUGUAAUCAUGUAAUAGAAACCAUAAACCAUUUCCCAAAAGAUCUAUACAUUUAUACCCAAAAUAUAAAAAUAAAACAAUAAAAUAAACGGUUGAGGUCAAACCUGAAGUGGGACUUUUAUUUUGACACGCAGUUUUUACUUCACAUCAUUUUUGUUGCUGAAAACCUACACAAACAUGAAAAUACAUCCUUAUAAAAUAAACGUUUCCCUAAACUAUUGGUGUGCUUAAAAUACUCAAACAGGCUGAAAAGAAAAUCUUCUGUUUGAAGAUUACAGUAAAAGAGCCAUAAAUAUAUAGUCCUUUUUUUUUUUUUUGUAAAUUGAAACGGACUUUUAUUGCAUCCAUUCGCAGACGGCCAUCGUCUAAUCCAGUCGCUUCCUUCACAUCAUUCCUACCUUCAAUGUUUACAUGCAGAGCUGCACGGUUUAUUAAAAAACAAAAGCUCACCGUUUAUUAAAUAAACGUUCUAGUCAUAUACACAAUAAAGCAUGCUGACCAUGGCCGCCACACCAUGCGAGAAGACAUUAGGACCCAAAAAGAAAAACGAGAAGAAGAUAGCAUCCAAAGAGGAGUACAGAUUACUGUCCAAUAUCAUGGGAGUGAUGAAUAACUUGAGGAAACAGGGAAUCCUCUGUGAUGUGGUCCUGGUUGUGGAUGGGAAACACAUACUGGCACACAGAGUCGUGCUGGCCGCCGCGAGCCACUUCUUCAACCUCAUGUUCACAUCCAGUAUGAUGGAGUCAACGAAUCACGAGGUGGAGCUCGGAGGAGCGGAGCCAGAGAUCAUCGAGCUGCUGGUGGAGUUCGUCUACACGGCACGAAUCUCAGUGAACAGUAAUAAUGUCCAGUCUCUGCUGAACGCUGCUAACCAGUACCAGAUCGAGCCGGUGAAGAAGAUGUGUGUGGAGUUCCUGAAGGAGCAGGUGGACGCCACCAAUUGUCUGGGCAUCAGCUCAUUGGCCGAGUGUCUGAACUGCCCCGAGCUGAAGGUGUCGGCCGAUGACUUCAUACACCAGCACUUCACAGAUGUGUAUAAGAUGGACGAGUUCCUGCAGCUGGACGUUACGCAGGUCACACACCUUCUCCAGCAGGACACGCUCACGGUCCGAGCCGAAGAUCAGAUUUACGACGCCGCGGUGCGCUGGCUGAAGUACGACGUGUUGAAUCGGCAGCAGUUCAUCGUAGACAUUCUGGGGAAGGUUCGGUUUCCUCUCGUCUCCAAAAACUUCCUCAGUAAAACUGUUCAAGCAGAACCGCUGAUCCAGGACAACCCCGAGUGCCUGAAGAUGGUCAUCUGUGGGAUGCGUUAUCAUCUCCUGUCUCCAGAGGACCGUGAGGAGCUCGGUGAGAGUAGUCGACCGCGCCGCAAGAAACACGACUAUCGCAUCGCUCUGUUCGGAGGCUCGCAGCCGCAGUCCUGCCGUUACUUCAACCCGAAGGACUACAGCUGGACAGACAUUCGCUGCCCCUUUGAGAAACGACGGGACGCCACAUCCGUGUUCUGGGACAAUGUGGUCUACAUCCUGGGCGGCUCGCAGCUCUUCCCCAUCAAACGCAUGGACUGCUAUAACGUGGUGAAGGACAGCUGGUACUCCAAACUCGGGCCACCGAACCCACGCGACAGUCUGGCCGCCUGCGCCUCCAAAGGGAAGAUCUACACCUCCGGAGGAUCGGAAGUGGGAAGUUCAGCUCUGAAUCUGUUCGAGUGCUACGACACGCGCACUGAGACGUGGCAGACGAAGCCCAACAUGCUGAUGCCGCGCUGCAGUCACGGGUCAGUCGAGGCCAACGGGCUCAUCUACGUCUGCGGAGGAAGUCUGGGAAACAACGUGUCCGGCAGGGUCCUCAACGACUGCGAGGUGUACGACCCCAACACCGAAGAGUGGAGGGGUCUCUGUGGGAUGCGCGAGGCUCGUAAGAAUCACGGUCUGGUGGUGGUGAACUCAAGAAUAUACGCCGUCGGCGGACAGAACACACUGGGUGGCCUGGACUCGGUGGAGUACUACGAGAUGGGCAGCAACGAGUGGAAGAUGGCGUCUCCGAUGCCGUGGAGGGGUGUGACGGUGAAGUGUGCGGCCGUGGGUUCAGUGAUCUACGUUCUGGCCGGGUUUCAGGGGGUCGGUCGUCUGGGUCACAUCAUGGAGUAUUACACGGAGACGGACAAGUGGGUCGUGUCCAGUAAAGUGCGCGCCUUCCCUGUCACCAGCUGUCUGAUCUGUCUCGUGGACACGUGCGGCGCCAACGAGGAGGACAUGAACUCAGCGUCUUCGUCCUCGUCCUCGGCCCAUGGACGGAUGUGAUGAGACAGCCGAGAUUUUAGCUGUGUUACAUAUUCAACUGAUUAGGUUUGUGUUUUUAGCGCGAAAAAUCAAACCAAUCAGGUUCAAACGUUUAUUGUUGAGAUAAGACUGAUUUUGUCUUUGCGCUCAGAUUAUUGUGAUCUUUUGAGUUGUAACUUCCAUCUUCCAGGAAGAAGGCUGAUGUUCAGAUUUCCACGUCGCAGAAGAACUUCCAUUUUUAGGAAACAGUUGUACCUUCUGCAUUUUGGCGAUUUUUUUUUCUCCUCUUUUUGGGGCUAAUAUGUGUUUUAUGUUUUAAAGAAUUGUGUUUUGAAGUGUUAAUAUUAUGUGUGAAGAAACGUGACUUUUAUUUUUUUAUUUUGUAAUAAUGCUCGUUUUAUCGUUUUGAUGUCGUAGAACUACAAGAAAACAAGCUGGUACGUUUGAAUGAAACGUUUUUACAAGAGAGAAUCUAAAUAAAAUGAUCUGUUUCUCACUGAUA